AUAGCAGAAUCGUCAAGAAUGGAUUGCUGGUCUGCUGAAAAUGCUAUCAAUGCUUUUCUCUCAACUCUCAAAAUGGGUGAAAGAGGAAAAGCGCCUGAUGUAAUAGAGUUUCUAUCAGCCAUGGCGGGUGGAAAUAAUUCACAACUCAUGGUGAUGGCAUGCUCCGGCCACCCUGGAUCCACGCUACUAGGUUUAGUAGCAGCGGCUCAUCAAACGGGUGGCCGGGUAGUGUGUAUAUUAUGUAGCCAACAAGAAAUGCAUGCAAUUAAAGAAACAUUAUUAUUGGGAGACACUGCAAAUUUUGUUGAAUUUGUGAUUAGUCAUGAUAUUAGAACUUUAUUGGAAAGUAACUAUAAAGGAGCUGAUUUUGUACUUAUUGAUUGCAAAUUGAAGGAUUUCCAACAAGUCUUUGAAGUAGCACAACAAGGAGUUAGUGUUAAAGGUGCAUUUAUUGUAGGGUACAAUGCCCUGCAUGAAGGACCUAGGUUAAGUUUUGAUCACAAAGGUUAUUUUCUACCCAUUGGAGAAGGGUUAUUAGUUAGUAAAAUUAGGGUUUUAGAAGGUAAAAAGACUGGUGGUGGAAGGAGGAGUCAUUGGGUUGUUGAGGUUGAUGAAUGCACUGGGGAAGAACAUGUUUACAGGGUCAGUACUUCAAAUACAAAUUGAAGUACUAGAACUUUUAUGAUUUACAAAAGUGUCCGAAACAGCUGAUUUCAUUUACCUCGACUAUCCCACAAGAUAGUUGCUUUUUAGUUCCAUCAGUACAAGUACUGGAUUAUUCCAUCAAUAAGGUGUAGGUAGAGGAACAAAAAUCAUGCACCUACAAUUAUUAUUGCAUCGGGUGGAUCGGAAUAUAUAUACGUACCUUAUAUCCCACUUCAUUGGCCACUGACAAUUAUUGUAAAUAUACAUCCAAUUUCCAAUU